CCGGUGUGGGGUUAGGCCGGUGUCGCGGCGGAGGCGUGGGGCCUGUCAGGGCGGAGGUUGAACGGCACGGAGCCCCUGUCCCCCCCCCCCCGCCCAAUCGCCCCGUGUGUGUUUGGCUGCUAAGACUGGCUCCGAGCUCGUUAUUGCCGCGCUCUUUGGCUGCGGUAAAGUUGCAAACAUUGCGCAAAAACCGCUCUCCCUCCAGCUGUUCCUGUAAAGCCUCGAGCUGCAGGCCGUUCCCCCCUCCCGGCUGCCCCUCUCUGCAGAGGAUCAGCUCCCCUGUUUGUUUAAACCCUGCACUCUUCCCUUCCGCUCCACGUGAUGCCUUGGGCCAAACGUCGUAUUAAUCACCCCUGGGCCGGAGCUGACUCCGCAGCGCUGGUUGCAACUCCUCCAGCAUGAUCGUCAGCUUGACCAUCCGGGCGCUCGUGAUGCUCCCCUUGGGGUUCUGCUGGCCGUCGGCUUUCCAAGAGAAAUUUCUCGGCGCUUUGGAUGCGGAAGAUGUUUUCUCUUAUUUUGGAACCAGCUCAGUGUCUGAUGUACCUGAGUUUGUUGUUGCUGAGCCAACUUGCCCUUGUAAAGAACAGACUGGGCUGAUGUCCUGUCGUAUUCAAUAUUGCUCCAUUGAGGCCUGGGGAGAACUCUAUGCCUUUGAAUUUCUAGAGGACCAUGCCCUCCUUUCAUCUUCCUUUGUGAGCAAUCAAGUGGUGAACUCUUCCUUUAGCUUACUGAAGCGAUUCUCGGGCAACUGCUUUGCAGGUGGAAAUCCACUGCAGCCUCCCGGGGCUAAGUGUAGAGUCACUUACUGUGAAGGGCAGCUGCAAGGAGUCGUCAUUGCGGAUGAGGAAAAGAUUCAUAUCAGGCCUGUCAGAAUCAAAGAUGUGGCCCUGCUGAAGGACCUUGGCUUCUCCAGACCCCACAUUCUUUUCAGAAGUGCCGCAAGAGAGGCAAAUACAGCAAGAGCAGGGCGGUUUCUUUCUCGCCUGCAGAAGAGGGCUGAGGGAGCUGUCAAACAUCUGGAGCUGAUGGUCGUAGCAGGUCCAGAUGUUUACUUGUACCACAAAGAGGACACAGAGCGAUAUAUUCUCACCAACCUGAACAUUGGGGCAGAGCUGUUGAGAGAUGCCUCACUGGGUGCUCAUUUCAGGGUUCAUCUUAUGCGAAUGCUUGUUUUGACAGAACCAGAGGCAGAGGUAAACAUCACCACAAAUAUCACCUCCUCACUGAUCAGCGUUUGUGAGUGGAGCAAGAAGGUCAACCCCCACAAUGACUCUGACCCCCAGCAUGCUGACAUUGUCCUCUACGUCACCAGGUUUGACCUGGAGUUACCUGAUGGGAACAAGGAGCUACGUGGAGUGACUCAGUUAGGUGGAGUCUGCUCCUCCUUCUGGAGCUGUGUUAUUACCCAGGACACCGGCUUUGACCUGGGAGUCACCAUAGCCCAUGAGAUUGGGCACAGUCUUGGAAUCCCCCAUGAUGGUGAGGGGAAUCAGUGCAGCAGCAGCGGUUACAUCAUGGGUUCAGCAGGAAACCACAACAGCAUCGACCUCACCUGGUCACUGUGCAGCCGAGAAGAGUUCCUGGCCUUUGUCAGCACAGGCCAAACAAACUGCUUAAAUGACCUGCCGGACAUGGACAGCAGCAUCCCUGGAUGGAAGCCUGGCUUGUACUAUGGAGCAGAUGAGCAAUGUAAAAUAGCCUUUGGGAGUGUUGCCACAGCAUGCACCUUUGCUGACAGCAAUGUUGACAUAUGUGAAGUUCUGUCAUGCCAUGUACAACCAGGAGACAAAUCCAGCUGUACUCGGCUUCUUGUUCCCCUCUUGGAUGGUACUGAGUGUGGAAUCAAUAAGUGGUGCUCCAAGGGACAGUGCAGCUCUCUGGAAGAACUGAACCCCAUGGCUGUAGUCCAUGGGCAGUGGUCCGGCUGGAGCCCUUUCUCCUCCUGCUCCCGCAGCUGUGGAGGUGGAGUUGUGAUAAGGCAGCGGUUCUGUAACAACCCCCGGCCUGCUUUUGGGGGGCAGGAAUGCCGUGGUGCCAGCGUCCAAGUGGAGAUGUGCAAUACUCAGGCCUGUUUGAUGACCCAGCAGGACUUUAUGACUGAACAAUGUGCAGCAACAAAUUUAAAGCCACUGUAUCUCACUGUAGAAGUGCCAUCCUUUUAUACCUGGACUUCUGCUGUUGGCUUUGCCAAAGGGGACAUGCUAUGCAAGCACAUGUGCAGGGCUGUUGAAAACAAAUUCAUGGUAAGCCGCGAAGACAGUUUCAUAGAUGGAACCAGAUGUGAGCAGGAUGACUCUGAGCGCCGUGGGGCUUUCAGUCUGUGUGUAAUGGGAAGCUGCAGAGCAUUCGGGUGUGAUGGCCAGAUGGACUCCAAGAAGAUAAUGGACUCUUGCAAGGUCUGUGGGGGUGAUAAUACCACUUGCACCGAAGUGAGUGGAUCUUAUACAGAAGGAAAAGCUAAAGAAUACGUUACAUUUCUGUCCCUGCCUUAUAACAGCACCUUGGUCCAUGUUACCAAUCAGAGACCACUCUUCACACAUUUGGCUGUGAAGGUUAAAGGAGAGUAUGUGGUUGCUGGAAAAGGAAAAAUCUCACUGAAUGUCACCUAUCCGUCAGUUCUGGAGGACAGCCAAAUCAAAUACAAAGUGUUUCUCACCAAGGACAACCUGCCAAGCCUGGAGGAAGUCCGUGUGGAUGGGCCAACACAAGAAGAAAUUGAAAUACAGGUCUAUCGAAGGUAUGCAGAAGAAUACGGCAAUGCCAGCAACCCAGACAUCACCUUCAGCUACUUUGUCCCCAAAGAGAAUCUGACGUAUAUGUGGAUUCCUCAGCAGGGGCCAUGUUCAGUGACCUGUGGGGAAGGGUUGCGACCAGUGCAUCAUGUGUGCUUUGACCAAACAAAGAAUGAAAUAACAGAGGAUCAAUGGUGUCUGGAGCUCCCGCAGCCCCUUUCAGAGCACAAGCCCUGUGCCAUGGAGCCAUGCCUGUACAGGUGGAAGAUGUCUCAGAGAGAUGAAUGCUCUGCUGUCUGUGGAACUGGAGUUGCCCAGCAGAAUCUGACCUGUGUUCAGUUUCGUGAUGGAUUGGAGAUUGUUGUGGAUGACAGCUUGUGCCCAGCAGAAGAAAAACCCCUCUCCAUUGUGCCGUGUGUGGUUAAUGUCUGCCCAUUAGGCUGGGACAAAGAGGAAGAUUCACGCUUACUUCAGACUUUGGAGUCACUUGGGCCUAUCCAGCUGGAAAAUCGGACCGUGUAUGUCUGGAGCCCUCUAGCUGGAGAGUGUUCUGUCUCCUGUGGUAGAGGUGAGACUCAGCUACAGUAUGUAUGUGUGGCUUUUGACACCAAAGAAGAAACCCAAGAAGAAAACUGUCAUCCAGUGCCAAAGCCAGAGAGCAGGAUGGAAGUCUGCGAUCUCGGUCCCUGCCCACCAAGGUGGAAGGUAACUCCAGCUGGUCCCUGUUCCUCCAGUUGUGGGCUCGGCUUAGCUGUUCAGCUGGUCACCUGUGUGCAGAUUCACCAAGGCGAGGAGAUUUUGCUGGAGGAGCGUUUGUGUCCUGUGGCAGAGAAGCCCCUUACCAGUGUCCCCUGUGUCAUCCGAAUGUGCUCUUAUGAAUGGAGCUUCAGUGAGUGGACAGAGUGUUCAACUUCGUGUGGGAAUGGCAUUCAGACACGGCAGGAUUUCUGUCUCAACCCGCUAACCCGUAAGCACGUGAACCCCAUCUUCUGCAGGCACUUCCCCAAGGCCAUUGUGGUACGUGGCUGCUCCGCAGGGCCCUGUCCUGAGCAGGCGGUGGGGACCAGGUCCCACGGAGCAGGACUGCAGACAGUGACACCAGCCGUGCUGACGACAGCCGCAACUGCCAAAGAGGGGAGAUACAAGGACCUGGAUCUUCCUCCUUCUGCUGUGCCAGCUGUGCCUUGGGAACAGACAAAGACCAGUGGAGGUGUCUGUGGAAAGCUCUUUCUUAAUGCCACCGGGGUCAUCAACAUGAUGGGUGUAGAGAGCAGUGACUGCACUGUGGCCAUCGGACGUCCUCUUGGGGAGGAGAUAAUAGUCAGCGUCCUGGAGAGCUCCCUCAACUGCAGUGCAGGUGAGGUAAUGCUGUUUUCUGGGCGAAUGAUGUGGCGGACAGGCUGCAGGAAGCUCCCUUUGUCACUGAUAAAUUCCAGAACGAAUACACUGAUUGUGAAACAGCGUGUUUUGCUGCCAGGAAAUGGGGUCAUUCUUCAGUACAACAGCAGAACUGCAACUAAAAAAUAUUACCAAGACUGUGACAAGCAGCUGUUUGGUCCCCAAGGUGAAAUAGUGAAUCCUGUGCAAUUGGUUGAUCAAAGGCAAGAAGUAGUGUGUCGGACCUUCAUCAAUGUGGCUCCUCGGCAUCGCAUAGCUAUCCGUGCCCUAUAUAUUGACCUGGGCAAUGAGAGCAACCAAACGCAUUUUAAUUACAUCCUGGUCCGUGAUGUAAGCACCAUGAAGACGAUGGUGUUCCAUGGGAAACAACAAUUCUUCUGGCAAUCAACAGGAAGCCAAGCUGAAAUUGAAUUUCAUGAAAAUGUUAAGGAUCACCGAGCCAGUUUCUGGGCUGAAUAUCGUGCUGUUGGGCCCAAAUAAAAGGGACGAGGGCCACUGCACUGAGAAGGGCUGUGGUCCAGUUAGUCACUGCUGCCUGUUCACUGCUCGAGGUCACACGAGUCAUUUAAUCUUUUUGCCACUGCUUUUCCCCAUCUAUUGAGUAAGAACAAUAAUAUCUACUGACUCCUUUGGGUUCUCAGUUAAUAGUUAUAAAGGUUAUGCAAAAGGCAUAUAACUACCAAAUAUUUAGAAAUAGUCCUCAUGCAGAUUUUCUGUCUGUGUUGAUUGGUAUUAAUGCAGUUUACAUGUCUGCAGUUAGUGACUUGGACACUUGAAGGCUCAGGGUCCUGCUUCUGUAGUACACUGUGACCUUUUAGGAUAGUCAUUUAAUUUCUCAGUGGCUCAGUGUCCCAUUAUAAACCUCUGUAUACCACAAGUAGCUAUGAUUAUGGUUUAGCCAUUAAGUUCACUCUCCUGCAGUGUAAAUGCCCCUUAAAACUGAGGCCCAUUGAAAUUCUGGAAUGUUAUAAAAAAGGUAAAGAUGUGCAUGAGGACGAACUGUUAGCCCAAGAAGACUGGAGACAUGUGAGGGCAAGACAGUUUCUUUGCCCAGGAGGGUAGUGCAACACUAGAACAGGUCACUCAGAAAGCUUGAAUGUUUUCAGGAGUUGGCUAUACCAAGGCACUGCUGACCUGGUCAAGCCCUGGUGACAGUUGGCUUUGUAUGGGAGGACUAAAUGACAUCCAGAGGUCCCCCCCCAGCCACCCUUUCUGUGGUUCUACUAUUAUAUAUCUGACAGUGAUACCAGUUCUUUUCUAUGGGAAAAUAAAAGAAUUCUGUCUCUUAAUGACGGGUUUGUUGCUGAGACAUACGUAGUCAGUUAAGAAUAGUAGCUGUGCUACUAAUCUGCUUGUAUCUUCUUCUCACAGGAACUGUGCAAUGAGAGAUUGUUGAGACUGCACGAUACAAGUUGUAGCAGGAAGAGGUAUUUUAGAGCAGUGACAAAUAUUCACUCAAGUUUGAUUUAAAUACAUAUUUAGGUUGUUUUUAUUUAAUAUCUUGAACAUUUAAUACCUUGAACAUUGGACCAUGCUUUAGUCCAAAUCUGUCAUCCUCCUCAAAAUCACAAUAUAUUGCUUAAGGGGUCUUUUCUGCACCUGGAGCCUGGCUGGACACAUCUGCCCUUGCUCUUCACGCUGGAUGCAAUAAAUGGUUCUGCCUGGGCAGUUUUAA